AGUACCUCUUCGCGAGCAUAAUGUGUUCUGUCUCACAAAGAGAUUCAUUACAGCAACUCAGUUGAAAAAUCAAGUUAAACAAGUUGUAAACAUACUUACAACUCUAAUGAGAGGAUUUUUUAAUAAUUACAAUACUAGGAAAUAACUUCGCAAUUUCCGAUAGUAUUUGCAGUAUAGUCGAUACAGUGGUUAGUUCAGUGUUGUGAAUAUAUAUGUGGCUGUGUGAUUUAAAAUCCUUAAGAACAAAUUAUGGCACAAAAUAAUCUUUCUAUCUGGGGGUGGGCGCUCAUAAUAAUUGCCGCCGGUCUUGCACUUACCAUCCGGUAUUUUUGUAUUUAUUACUGUCGCAUGUUCUGUAGAGUGUGUUGUGACUCUUUAUGUACAACUACAGAAGAUGGUCCUUCAGUCACAGUCACAACGACAACGCAGCAUGCUCAAUCGCCACAGGUAGUCCCACCUUAUCCCAUAGAUACACGUCAUCCGGUACCAGCUAGUAAUAUUACGGGAUAUGGAAAUCAAGCCCCAUAUCAACAAUACCCAUUCCACCAAACAGUACCUCAACCCUACGGUCUUCCUCCUCCUGCGAUGGGUAUGGCAGGUACUUCGUUUUAUACUGGUCAUAUUCGUCAACUGUCCUACCCUGGCCAGUUUUCUACGUGGUCUCCAGCCUGUAGACCAAUGUCUAUGACAAUUCCUAGUGCCGUUCCGACACCUACCCAUACUACGGUACCAUACUUUCAAACUGGUAAUGUGGCAUCACCCAUGGCAGGAGCAACUCCAUACCCGCCACAGCCUUACCAACAAGCCGCACACGACUACAGCGCCAACCCACCUCCAUACGACGUGGCAGUAUCUCAACCACCUCUUCAACCACCCCCCAAUUCAAAGGAGGGCUACGUCAAGCAGUCCCCUUACAACCCAGGGUAUAAUUAAGUUCUUCUCAUCCAACCGUUGACUGUUUUAGUUGGUUCUUCUUACAUUUCGUUACUUAAAGAAGUUGGCAGAACUUUUUUUGUUUAUAAUUAAAGUGUGUUUAAUGUUAUUGAAAUAGAAGAGGUGUUAACGCGUUGACGGACAGUGCGUCAAAUGUAUAAGCAAGUGUUGUGACACUAUAUGAAUUUUACAAAGUAGAAUAAGGAAAUUGCUGAAUUUUUGCUUUUAGCACUUAUAGUUUAUGGAAACAAUAAGUUUUUUAACAUUUUUUGUAAACACGUGGACAACAACCAUGGAUGUCGUGUCAUUCAUAUGCAUCUCUAGAUGUAAUAUGACAAAAAUCUACCGAUUUUUUGUCACAACUCGUAUUUUAAAAAUGUCGUCUAUAGACGUUGUGUCACAUUACAUCAGUGGAAAUUAGACGUCUAUAGACGUUCUGUCCGUCAACGUGUUAAGUAUAAGUGUUAAUUCUAAAAGUGAUAAACGAGGACGGUGAUUGAAUGACUGUGAAUAGAAAAUUUGUGAAUAAGGAGACAGUGUAUGCCUUUACGGAGAUAUGCACGGUAUCCUUAAUACUGUAAGGAAUAAAUUUAUAUUAAAGUAUUGUUUUUCAAUGGUUCCUUCUUCAAUAUCUCUUAAUCCGUUUAAUUCAAGAAGUCAUGGACUGGACUCAUUUUAAUAAUUGUUUUGGGGUUUUUGAUCAAGUACUAACAUUUAAGAAAUCAGCCGUAUAUACAGUGUAAAUCGUUAAAAAUGUAGUUUAAUCUCAACAAACUUUUAUGUUUAACGUUUAGGAAAAUUUCUUGUCAAAUGUUUUCGGAUUUCUAAUAUCGAUUUUUUAUCAUUCAAUUUAUUUCAGCAAAAUUUUAACUCGUUUUUUCUGUCGCAUUGCAAACUCUCAAUUAUUUUUUUUAGCAUAACAAUAUGUAUGUAUACAAGUGAAUAAUUUUCAUUUAUAUUUAUACCCUUUGCAACUUUUUUGUGAAUAAUUAUCAUAGUUAUUGGAUGUUAAUAUGGAUAGAAAAUAAUCUUCUUUAUGAUGUCAACUUAUAAUUUAAAAGUAUUAUUAUCAACAAUAAUUUAGACAGUGAACAAUCAACAAAAAUAGCUGUAGUCCAUUAUUAGCGCAAGUACUGGAAUUAUGUAGCUGCACAUAGAACCUUGGAACCAUAGGCGUAUAUAACCUGCAGAGCUUUACAGACCAAUAAAACAAAAUAUAUCAAUCAAUCAUCAGUAAAACCUGAAAGAAAGUAAUCCCACUCUAAUAUAAUGAACAUAAGGGUUCACAUUUUGACUAUCAAUUUAAAAAACAUGUGGUAUGUUUUUCUUAGUUGAGUAUUUGCAAAAACGCCAUGUACAAAACGGUAUAGAAUCAUUUAAAUUACAUUUUGAAAGUUGUAAAAAUUAAAAUUAAAACGACAUAAUGUCGAUGACUUAAGACUUCGCCGAAAGGGAACAGGGGGUAGCUCAAGAUAAUAAUAAGAAUUGUAUUACUUUCACUGGGAAAAUAAAUAGAUGCAUGAGUGCAGUGACAAAAAAUAAGAGAUAUUCAUAUUUCAGUAACAUUAGACAAUUAUUUAUAAUGAUCUAAAUGUUGAUAUUUUCAAGAUUAGAAACGUUGUUCUAACAUGUACAGCCCAUUAGAUGUAUAAAUGACUUCAAUUAUAUUUUAUAAACUCCAAGGAACUAUAAUGUCCUACAAAUAUACACGUUUCGAAUCUUGAAAACUUAAUUUAACCGUAUAAAUAGGUUUUGAUACUCGUUUCUAUUGAUGUCAAUAUAAUAGAUAGUCUUGCAACAAUUUGUCGAUCAGUUACGAUGCGUAUUGUUUUUAUUUUAAAGAGAUUAUGUGAUAAGGGAACUUUUAUGCAGUAUUAUCUGAUAGGAUGAGACUUUGUAAAUAUGUACUACUGUUUAUAUAAAAUAUAACCAUAAAUAAAUGUAAUCGCAAAUGAGUAAUGCUACGACAUUAAAAGAUAAAAAUUAUAAUCGUAUACAACUACUAACUUAAUAUUUUCUUAAACAAGUGCUUCACUAACGUUACCCCAUGAUGAAAUUAGUUAAUACGAGCCCUAAAUGUUGGGACACGAAAAUUUGAAAACGUUCAUCUUCACAACUGUUCAAUCACAAAUUAAUCCCUUAAUUUGUAAUGUCACAUUAAUCUUAACUUCCUAAUGUUUUAUAGUUUCACCGUGUAUAAUUGUGAAACAUAUCGAUUAAUAGUUUAAUCACCAGUUUAUUUAACUUCCGGCAAGUUGAAUGAAUUGCCAAAUAUUGUUGCAAUAGUUCCUCGUUUAAAUUAUAUUUGUCAGCUUUCAAAGUAUGUACAAAGUUUUUGUUACUAUGCUAGAGACAUUAACCUUUAUGUCGAGAUGUACUUUAUUGGUAGGAUUUUUUUUUAUCCGGUUCGAAGGAUAAGUGGACAAUUCGAUGUAAUAAAGUUUCGAAUUGUCUCUAAUGAUCUGUGUCCGUUUUUUCUCGAUCGGCGAUAAUAAAUAAAUGUUGAAGUCGUUGAGUAAAAAAAAAUGAUUUUAUUGACAGCUACUGAAUUAUUACACUACAGUUGUUGGUUAGAUAAAAUUUUAUAAUAGACUGCGCUCAAAAGAGCCCAUAUCCCCUAAUUUAUAAUUUUACCAAUAAUGUACACCUCAGCAUAAAGGUUAAUGGCCCUAGCAUAGUAACAAAAACUUUGUACAUACUUUGAAAGUUGACAAAUAUAAUUUAAACGAGGAACUAUUGCAACACUAUGUGCUGUGAUACCUCGUAAAGUGUUGCGACGGCCCAGUUUGCAAAUUUUCACUAGUAAUCCUCGAUCCCUAUCAAACACAAUUCCUGGUCUACCAAAAAUUUUGUCUAGUUUGAGCAUUGCCACUUUCACGAUAAUGCUUAAGUAUGUCAGCAACUGUAGACUUAGCCAGAUCUAAUUUUUUAGCAAUUUCCAGAAUUUUUUACUCUGACAAUAUUUUUUAAUUAUCAAUUGGUGAAAUUUAGUAUGUGGAUUGGUUAAAAUUGUGAAAGGUUGUAAAGAUGAACGUUUUCAAUAAAUUUUGGUUUAUCCGAACAUUUAGUUGUUAGGGCUUGCACACCAUUGUUCUCGAAAUUGAAUCUCUAUUUAAAACAUACAACUCAUAAUAUGUAUUGUACAUUCUAUUUAUCGUAUAUUGUAAGGUCUUUAGCUUUAGUACCCUUGUGUAUAAUAUAGCCGAAUUCAGCAAUGUUACAAAAAUAAUUUAAUUGCUUUUAACUGAUCUGUUUAUUUUUUAUAAACUCUUUAUCAUUAAAAAAAUAAAUAUAGAUGAUUGGGUUUCGAUUUAAUUCGUGUCUCUCACCAUUCUCCUACAGGUGUUUCAUAUUUUACGUUUCAUCAGGGAAGACUUUGUGAACGGAGAGACUCUGUAUCAUUUUAUUAAUAAUAUUCAUCUCUUAAAAGUUGGUAUGUAAAAAAAGCUUUAUAUAAAUUUAUUGUCUCAUGCUGUAGGACAAUACUGCAUAAAUCAUUGUUUUUCUUUAUUUUUAAGACUGUAUAAAAGCUCAGACUUUGGUUUAAACCUUAUUAAAUAUAUGAUCAAGUUCCA